AUGCCUCUCAAAUUAUCGCCACGCCACAUACGAGAGCAAUCCUUCCAUGUCACCUAUUCCGAUAGGGAAGUCUCUCAGUUGGCCCAAGAAAUCUAUGACCAAACCGUCGCAGACGUACACUUUUCCCUCUUCAGCUUCUGGGUGUGCGAAUCCACCCAGCAUUAUGACAAAGCCAAGCAACACAUUCCACCUCAUGGAGUCCUUCAGACUCAUAACUUACGCCCUGCCGGUUCACGUAUACAGGGCUCUUCAUGGCAGCAACGUUCAGUAUCACAACCUUCUACUCUUCGUGUUGAAUUCCCGGCAUGGAGCCGGGUUGGCCCUAUCACUGGUCCUCCCCCAAAUACACCGGAUCGCCCAGCGCCGUUGAAAAUCAGGUCACGCGGCGAGAGUACAGUCAAAAAUGCGGUCAAUCAAACGCCUAAGACAGCGCUCGCCCGCUCCGUCUCCUCGCCUGUGCAGACAGAACCCACGACCCAGACCAGAAAGCCGCCUUCGCCAAUACUUGAGCCAAUUCUCGAAGUGACAUCAAGUUUGGCAGCAACGUCCUUGGCUACAAACGACAGUGAAAACAUUAGCGAAUCUGAAUAUUCGCAGGACGACGGAUUCUCAGCCACGUACGAGAGCAACGAACGGCUCUCUAUCACAUGCGAAGAUUCCCCACACCGCUGGACCGGACAGCUCUUGACUACGCAAGAUCGCACAAGUGAAGGUUUCCUACAAGACAACAACGAACAGCUCUAUACCACGCAAGAUUAUACGAACGAACAUAUCCUACACCGUUGCAACGAACAACUCUCCACCACACGAGAUCACCCGAACGAAGGUGAGCACACCCCGCGCCACUGCAACGAACAGAGCUCUAUCACGCAAGAUCAUACAAAUAUAAGUGAAACUUCCUUACACCGCUGGAACGAAAAGCUCUCUAUCACGCAAGAUCACUCGAGUGGAAGUGAAGCUUCCCCACCCCGCUGCAACGAAACUCUUGAAACAGAGCUUAGGAGGUUGGAAGAGAGAUCAAAUCACUCCGAGGCCGACACCGAGGCCGCCUCAGUUCCAGACUCCGAACGCACAGCAGACACGAUCAGCCUAUUCGGACGAAGCACGCUCGACAACAUUACCUCGACAGAGAAUCCACUUGACGCAAGUCACCAUUCGACUUCCUCCAGCCAAGAUACUACGACCUUUGGACGCCGUGUCCCAGCUCUCAACAGCUCUUCACAAACCGCUACCCGACGACCAUCUCAAUCCCAGUUCGCGCACUCCCGCUCCCAGCUCUUCAACUUCACAGUCUCAACACGGGACCUCCGCAACCCAUCCACCCACCACCAGCGCUAUAUCCAACAGAGCCCUCCUUCCUUCUCCCGCAAUACCCACGCAGGAGCCACAGACCGCUGCCUCCCACUCCGAAGAUACGAGACCCCGUCAUCAAACGCGAUCUCUAGCAGCAGCUUCGACCUCCUCUCCCGCAGUGCCAGCGCCCUCCCCCGCCCAACCAUCCAAGCCCGCCGCAAAGCCAGCUUCCUCCAGAAGUCCAAGCCUCUUCACCAGCAACCCGACAGAGGACAGACAGAACUCUUAAUGCGCGCUGGCCCCAGCUUUCUCAAUUUCUCCGCCACACCGACACGCCCGCUAGCAUCUCGGAUCUUCUCUCCAAUGCAAUCGAAUCGAGCUCAGGCUGGCACGGCGGCGUCCGAUGCAGCAGCCAACAACAGCCAGGUAGCGAGGCUGGAGUCCAUGUUCCGCAGCACGAUGCGCAUGUACGUCGAGUCGCUGCUUAAGCGUACCCGGGCUCGCGGCGCGCAGCUUGAGGAGGUCGAUCGUGUGACGCUUAGUGCUGAGGAUGCUGCUUGGUACGACGCGAAUGGCGAGUUUCUGCAGAUUGUGUUUGGGAGGAAGUUUGUGCGCCUUGAGGGUGAAGAUAAGGCGACUUUUGAGGAUAUCGCCACGCAGUUGAGGGGAGAGUCGUCUAGUCAGUGGGUUCGCGACUUGUUUGCCCAAUCUGGGCUGUGA